AUGUGGUCGCAACUUUCCUGGUUUAUCCUGGCAUCGUCAAUUGCAGUUCCUGCUUUGGCUCAGAAUAGCUCCAACUCUUCUGUCCCCACAGGAGCCUAUCCUUUCUCCGUGUAUACCUUGACCGCGGAGAAUAUCACGGCGAAAUUCAUUCCCUAUGGAGCUCGCCUGACCUCACUACUGGUUCAAGACCGUAACGGGGACUAUCAAGACAUUGUGGCCGGUUACGACAAUGCCACUCAGUAUCUGACCGACACAGAAACGAAUCACACCUACUUUGGCCCUGUCGUAGGCCGUUACGCAAAUCGAAUCAAGAACAGCACCUUUACCUUGAAUGGACAGACUUAUCACAUUCCUGCCAAUGAAAAUGCCGGCGCCGACACUCUCCACGGGGGCACAGUUGGAUAUGAUCAACGGAAUUGGACUGUUGUAGCUUCGUCCAGCUCAAGCAUUACUUUCAGUCUACUUGACACUGGCUUCCAGGGCUUUCCAGGCACAGUAUUGACAACCGCCACUUUCACACUGGACACAUUCCCAAGUGGUCCGCAGGGUGAAGUAAGACCGCGAUUGACGAGCAGCAUGGUUUCGUCAGCCCUGGAUCAAGAGACCCCCAUCAUGUUGGCAAACCACAUCUACUGGAAUCUCAAUGCUUUCAAACAGACGACAAUUCUGAAUGAUACUACUUUGUGGAUGCCAUAUUCCGACCGAUAUAUUAUCGUGGAUCCCAUAUUGAUCCCCACCGGCGCUCUAGGAUUUGUUUCGAACGUGUCAGCCCUUGACUUCCGUUCCCCUAAGCUUUUGGGGGACGCCAUGGAUAACGCCACCGGAGUCUGUGGCGAAGGAUGCACCGGAAUCGAUAAUGCUUUCAUCCUGGACAGGCCAGGCAAUGCAGGGCCGACAUCCUCAAACUACCCAGUGCUCACAUUAUGGUCCGAGACUACUGGCAUCCAGCUGGACGUAUCAACCAACCAACAAGGCCUCCAGAUAUACACCUGCAACGGCCAAAACGGUACCAUCCCAGUCAAGCAAAGCCAGCAGCAAAGAAACAACGGCACACAAGGGGCAACCAAGUUUGUAAAUCAGCACGGAUGCAUUGUGAUUGAGACGCAGGCAUGGAUUGAUGGGGUCAAUCAUCCCGAAUGGGGGGUCGACAACUACGAGAUCUUUUCUCCCACGACUGGACCGGCGGUGAAUUAUGCAACAUACGAUUUCUCGACGUUUUGA